GUUGAAAAAAAAUGUCUGCUGCUAUUUCUAAUAUAAAGCCUUUGACAGAAGAUCAUGAACGCUAAGAAGAUGUUUAUUACAAUGCUUUCUACAAGGUGGCUCAGAAAGAUGUCGGUGAUGAAAAGGUGAUUCAAUAUUUUGAUGCCACAGUGAUGAAGAGGCUUACUGAUGUCUUUGGAUGUGGUGAAGAGCUCAGUCUACUGGGUGUAGGAGUCGGAGAAGGCCCGCACGAAUUCCAGAUUCUGAAGAGUCUUCAAUCUCACUACUCAUCCAUAUGUAAUGUUGCAGUGGACCCUAAUGAAGGCAUGCUACAAACAUUCAAGGGUAGAGUUGCUACAUUGAAUUUUGAUGACAAAUCGUCUUGUCAUUGGUUCACUGGUCCGUUGUCACAAUUCGUUGCUGAAAGCCCCUUGGCGGGAAACAAGUUCAACCUCAUCAGCUCCAUACAUUCGCUCUACUACACGGGUGACUUUGAGACGACCUUCACCCAACUAGCAUCCAUGAUGAAAGAUAAGGGUCUCAUGAUCAUCGUUUGUAAAAACGGUAGGUAGCGAAUUGACAUCAUCAUUUGCUCGAUCAGCUCUGCAAGUUUCUCAAAUAAAAUAUUAUAAAUGCCGUAAUAAAACUCUUUGAAUGAGUGUAAAAUCAACUCGGAAAUACUCUUUAACAUACUAUUCUUAGAAGAACGUAGUUAAAACAGACAUAAAUCGGGAUGCAAUUUUGUUUAACCUCAUAACUUUGCAAACAUUUGUUCGUUGUAUCCUCUCAAUUAUUAUGAUAAUAAAUAGUCUUAAUCCUAAUAGUAGAUUACAUAUAAACCCUUCCUAUCUGUUUAGUUAUGUGUACAAUUAUUUAAUAAGAAAUCUUGAACGGGAAGGCGUAGGCUACUCCCGAGUGAACUGGGACAGUCAUGGAGAAAAAGAGGACAAAACUUUCGAAAAUCUUAAAAUAAAAACUGUAACAGGUUAUUGUCCCAAAACUGAAGUAAGUGCUAGAGAUAUUAAGGAUCAUUUUAAAAGGAGACCUAGCAGAAAGAUGAUUUUUAUCACUGUUUAUUUCAGUCUCGUUUUGUUCGUUCAUUCGUUGUUGCUUACAGCUAGCCUGAACACAAAAACAUUCCACAAGUUAACAUGGCUGACAGAAAGCACUCAGUCAAAUGAACGACUUUCUUCAAAGAAUGUUCGAGAGUUUGCACAAAGUCAAGGGUAUGAUGUCACCACUGUCGAUAUACCUGUACAUUGGGACAUCACCGAAGUGUUUGAUGACCAGUCAGACUUUGGAAAUAAACUCCUUGACUUCUUCACCCAGGCGGCGUACUUUCGGGAGACGGCACCGUCUGAGGUGGUCGAUGGUUUGAUGAGCUUUUGGCGUUCUAUUUCGACAGAAGAUAAAAAUGGACGUAUCGUAGCACCAGCCCACGACGAAAUACUUCUCAUCUCAAAAUAAUUCCCUGUCAUCGUCUUUCAGAGCCGUAUGUUGUUUCAAAUAUCAAGUAGGGUCUAGCUUUAUUCAUGCGCUUGCUAGUUACCUAUCUACCACGCAUUCGUGAUCAAACAGCUCCAAUAGCACUUCUGGAUAAGGGCCAGGGCUGCAUACAACUCAUAUUUUUUUGGCUAAAUAUAUUACUCAUUGCGGAUAAAGGAUCGAAAAUAAUAUCG